AUGGGGCGUAGGAAGUUGGUGAUAAAGCGAAUCGAGGAUAAGAGCGCUAGACAAGUUACGUUUACGAAGAGAAGGAAUGGAUUGAUAAAGAAGGCGAAAGAGCUUGCUGUUCUCUGUGACGUUGAUGUUAAUGUUAUUAUCUUCUCCAGCCGUGGAAAGCUCUACCAUUACUGUAGCAGCAGUAACAGCUUGCCAGAUAUCUUGCGACGGUAUCACAGCCAUGUUGAAGCUGAACCAAGUGCCUCUGCAGGGAUUUGUCAGACUCAGGAACAUUAUUCUAACUAUGCAAGUUGCUUGUCAUGUAGAGAGCUUCUGCAAAUAGUGGAAAGGGACCUCAGAGAGCCAGAUGUUGAUAACCUCAGCAUAACUGAUCUUGUUCAUUUGGAGGAACAACUCCAGGCUGCAAUAAUGAGAGCAAGAUCUACAAAGACGCGUCUGAUGCUGCAAUCUAUAACCAGUCUUCAUGAAAAGGAGAAGGGGCUCAUAGAAGAUAAUAGGCUUCUGGAGGAAAAGAUUACUGAAAACAGAAUAGACGUGGGAGCAAAUGAGAAAACGGAUUUUAAUAACUCUGCUCGCUGCCAAAUGAUACCUGGACAUCAACAACAUGGAUUACUUGAUUUGCUCCGAAGUAAAUAA